CGAAAAACAAAUGCGCAAGGAGUAUCCUGAGCUCUUUGAGACUGGUGAGUCAUAAGUUUUGAAAUAUUUUACCUCUGUUCCAUAGAUGCUAUGGAAGCGGCAGAAUUCGGGGACGAAUUCAUUUAAGGGGGGGAGAAUGUAAUACCAAAUUUUUUUUGAGAAAAAACAGAGAGUUUUGACCGAAAUUUUACUUUUUGAUCCGUGGCUCGUAUGGACGAUCGGAGACCAUGGUUGCGUUCAUCUGGUCGAGACGAACCCGUUUUGCUAUUCAUAUGUCCGUUCCGGGCAUUUUGUGACCCGUAGAAAGCCCAAUCAAUCCAGACCGUUCGUUGUUUUUAAAAAAAAUAAAAAUAAAAAAAAUAAUAAAGGAUAAGUACCGGAUGGAUCGGCCCUCAACCCAAUCCAUCCAGACACUUCUCGCAUUCGUCUCUCUCUGUGUAUCGUUGCUGUGCGUUGCGCGUUGCUGCCAGGACUGCUCGCCGGCGCGUGCGUGUGUGCGUGCGCUGCUAGCUGCUACGCGCCGCCGCCGCGCCGCUACUGCUACUCGCUGUCCGCCGGCCCGCCGGCACCACCGCCUGCUCGCCGCCGUGCGUGCUGCUCGCCGACGCCCCUGCGCGCCGCUGCAGCGUGCGCUGCGCCGCCGCUGUCGCGCUGCGCCGCCGCCGUCGUGCCAUGCAUCACCGUGUGAGAGCCGCAAGAGCGAGCAAGCAAGCAGCCAGCAGCGCCGAGCGAAGAGCAGGAAGAAGGAAGAAAGAGAAAAGAAAAGAAAAGAGAAGAAAAAAAAAAGAAGAAGGAAGAAAGGAAAAAAAAAAAGAAAAAAAAAGGAAAAGUUGGAAAUUUCGGGAUUUCGUCGGAUUCGUCGUCAAUCUUUCGAAGGCGAUUUCUCGGUGGUACUAUUUCCGGACGUUCUUGAUCGAAUUUUCUUCAUCGUCGGUAAAGAAGUUUACUCGAUGAUUGAUUUAUGAAGUGCAGUAGGCACGAUAUGCCAUUCUGCAGUUGUGCAUUAGUGUUGUAUGCAAUGUUUUUUUUUAAGUCUCAAGCAUAUUCCGGAAGUUAUGUUGGUUAUGCUUGAAGCACGUCAUACAUAUAUGUCUCAUGCAUUGGAAGUUUGUCGUCGUCUUCUGGCCGCGACCGUACCGGUACAGUACCGUAUGUCACCCGAGGAGGGGUACGGUGCACACCCUUACGUUACCCGAGGAGGGGUAAGGGUGAGAAGAGCAUGUCAUGUGCAUGGUUAUGUCUUCUUGUGAAAUUCAAUGAAUUAUUCAUAUCAAAUCUUAUUUCCUUUAGUUAGCAUGUAUAUAGAUAUAUAUGCGGCUCUGAAGGCUUAUACCAACCGAAUGUUAAAAUGUUUAAUGUUAUCGUUGGACUUGCUUAGUCAUAACUGUUUCUCCUAGUGUUGGCGGUCUGUUUCAUUACUAGUUUCUAUUUAGAAUUGUUAACACAUUCAACUGUGGCUAAAUAGCUUUUUGUUAAAGUACCUUUCACUUGCUGAGAUUUUUGAAUCU